CAACGCAGCAAGGUUUCAUGGGAAGUAUGACGUUUACGUAUGUGCACCACUUCAAUCUGAUUCAUUCUAGCGAGCGAGCUAAUCAAAACAAUGAAGGCAAUUAUUCAAAGAGUGACAACAGCGAGCGUGUCAGUGGGAGAGGUGCCCAUCAGCUCAAUAGGCAGAGGACUGUGUGUGUUGCUGGGUAUAUCCAUGGAGGACACACAGAAGGAUGUUGACUACAUGGUUCGUAAGAUCCUCAACCUGCGUCUGUUUGACGAUGAGAACGGCCGGGCGUGGAGCAAAAGCGUCAUGGACAAGGACUAUGAAGUCCUGUGUGUCAGUCAGUUCACUCUGCAGUGCAUACUGAAGGGUAACAAGCCAGACUUCCAUGKUGCCAUGCCUGCAGAGCUGUCCCAGCCCUUCUAUAAUAACAUCCUGGAACACCUGAGGAGCACCUACAAGCCGGAGAUGAUCAAAGACGGGCAGUUUGGGGCCUACAUGCAGGUUCACAUCCAGAAUGACGGACCAGUCACCAUCGAACUGGUGUCUCCUUCUUCUCCCAUGGACGCCAAACAGCAGGUGGUGGUGCAGGCCUUACUUCUCCUUGUAGUAACAGAUGGAGAACGGACCAUGAUCAACAUGCAAAGCUGCACUAUUGCUUUUCUUAGUGCAGUGUUAGUUAACCUCUAGUCCAUGGACCGGCACCGCUCCCUGGGAUGUGGCUUACUGGUCCCUGAGAUAGCUGUCAGACAUUUAGUUGGUCAGUUUUCUGUUGUAAUUUUAGUCCCUGGCUUCAAGGAGGUGAACCAUAGAUUUGCUAGUCCCUGAUACAAAAACCAAUCCUGAUACUGUAGAUGUGUACUGAUUAUCCCAUGAAUCUGUCCUGCUCUGUCCCAGCACCCCUCUGGCCUAGCUGAAAGACCACUGAUUGACCAAAGCACACUCUGAAAGGUUUGAGUUGUCAUGUGUCAGAAGUGUGUGUGUGGGGGCGACAUAACAUAUGAUUGGCAGGCCAGGGCGAGGUGGGGGUCGCCACCGCAUGGGUGCCCCCGCUCUCCCCACAGGGAUCGGUUGACUCCUGAGUCACUGUGCACUCUGUUACCAUGACGACAGCCUCCGCAGGGGCGACUCAGGCCAUGCUGGCUAAGAAAUAUAUUUGAAUGUGGAAUAGUGAUUUAUGAGUUCUGAUGUGUAGUCUAAGUAGUGACAAGUUCACCCACAAUGUUAUAUUAAUAAUGGYUGUCCUCUCUUAGGGACAGUUUCCUGGCCCUAGAUUAAGCUCUGUCCUGGACUGUAAAGCAUGCGCAUUCUAAAUUUUCCAUUGAACAUGCUUUCAGGACUAGGCUUAAUCCUGAUCCAAGAAACCGGCCCUUAAUAUAUUACUGGGCAUCUGUUUUUGAAUAGUAAACUAUGUUAAAGGUCAUUUCAGGUCAUUUUAAGUGUAUUUUAGGCAAUGUAUCCAUCUUUAAACAUGACAAAUGGAUAACCGUUGGGUAACACUGCUGAUUCCACAGUAUCUCCCAGUCCUGUUGUGUAACACAGAGGGAUUUGAAGGAGCAAAAGCCUUGAUGAAUGUGUUARACCACCACAUCUACUUMAAGACAUCGCGCUAUGAUCCAAACUUAGCAGACAGCAGUCAGGUCCACUCCAAAUAGCAGCAGCCAUGAGGGAGUAGGGACAUCCCUCCCCGCUUCUCCUAAACCGUCCGCUUCACAUUGUAUUUUAUUCAAAUCGAAUCAAACUUUAUUUGUCACAUGCGCCGAAUACAAGUGAAGACCUUACCGUGAAGUGCUUACUUACAAGCCCAG